UACGUACUUCCUGGGCGGGAACGCCAAAAUGCCGCCAGAGCCAGUAGCUGGUUAAACCUGUUGUCCCUAUCCGGAGCCAGUGUACGGUCCCGGGCCUCUAGUCCCUGUCUGGACAUGGAGGAUGUGGAGGUGCGCUUUGCUCACCUCUUGCAGCCCAUUCGGGAUCUCACUAAGAACUGGGAGGUUGACGUGGCGACACAGCUGGGCGAGUAUCUGGAGGAGCUGGACCAGAUCUGCAUUUCUUUUGACGAAGGCAAAACCACAAUGAACUUCGUCGAGGCAGCACUGUUGAUCCAGGGCUCAGCCUGUGUCUACAGUAAAAAGGUGGAGUACCUCUAUCUGCUGGUGUACCAGGCUCUUGAUUUUAUUUCUGGCAAAAGGCGAGCCAAGCAGCUCUCUCUAGUACAAGAAGAUGGGAACAACAGGGCUGUCAACUCAGGGACUUCCUGUGAGAUGGAGGAAGAGUUCGUGUCACUGGAUGACUUCCCGGACUCCCGGGCUAAUGUGGAUCUGAAAAAUGACCAGGCGUCCAGUGAGCUGCUUAUCAUACCCCUUCUGCCCAUGGCCCUGGUGGCUCCUGAUGAAGUGGAAAAGAACAACAGCCCCUUGUACAGCUGUCAGGGUGAGAUCUUGGCCAGCCGGAAGGAUUUCAGGAUGAACACAUGUACCCCUCAUCCCAGAGGUUCCUUUAUGUUGGAUCCAGUGGGAAUGUGUCCUGUGGAGCCUGUGGAUGUGUAUCCCAUGCCAAGGAGCCAGAAAGAUGCUGAGGAGCAGCCAAUGGAAGUGUCUAGGAACGGGAGUCCUGUUUCUGUACUCAACGGCUCCCCAGAGCCAGAAGGCCCAGUGCUCAGCGGUGGAGAUGAGGAUGCAGAGGAUGUGGCAGAGGAGCCCCCGGAGGCUUCUGCAGAGUCGGCCGAGCCCAGGACCUCACAGCAGAGUACCACCUUGCCAAGGGGAUACAUGCUGCAGGAACGACAAGGGCCCCUGGAACCUGCCCCCCUGCUACAGAAGACCCCAGACCCCUGGCAGAGCCUGGACCCUUUUGACUCCCUGUCCUCGAAGAUCUUCCAGAAAGGUAAACCCUAUUCCGUGCCACCCUCUGUGGAGGAGGCUCCAGGACAGAAGCGCAAGAGGAAGUGUGCCAGCAAGCUGCAGGACUUCCACCAGUGGUACUUGGCUGCCUAUGCUGAUAAUACUGGUGGCAGGAGGACUCGGCAGAAGGGCCCAACCUUUGCAGACAUGGACGUGCUGUACUGGAAGCAGGUAAAAGAACAGCUAGAGACCCUUCAAAAGCUGCGGAGACGGAAGAUGACUGAGCAAUGGCUGCCCAGGGCCACGGAGGAUCUGUGGCCUGUAGAGGAGGAACGCUUGGAAGAGUCCCUAGAAGACCUAGGGGUAGCAGCAGAUGACUUUCUAGAGCCCGAAGAGUAUGCCAGGCCUGAUGGGGUGAUGCCUGAGGAAACUGCUGACCUGGAUGCAGAGGCUAUGCCAGAGUCCCUGAGAUAUGAGGAGCUGGUCCGAAGAAAUGUGGAACUCUUCAUUGCCACCUCCCAGAAGUUUGUGCAGGAGACAGAGCUGAGCCAACGCAUCAGGGACUGGGAAAAUACCAUUCAGCCCCUGCUCCAGGAGCAGGAGCAGCACGUGCCCUUUGAUAUCCACACCUGUGGGGACCAGCUGGUUUCACAGUUUCCCCGGCUCAAUGAGUGGUGUCCCUUUGCAGAGCUUGUAGCUGGGCAGCCUGCUUUUGAGGUGUGCCGCUCCAUGCUGGCCUCCCUGCAACUGGCUAAUGACUAUACAGUGGAGAUUACUCAGCAGCCGGGACUGGAGGCAGCUGUGGACACCAUGUCUCUGAGACUGCUCACACACCAGCGAGCCCACACACGCUUCCAGACCUAUGCUGCCCCAUCCAUGGCCCAGCCUUGAGUGGAGUGCACUGAGGCAGGGUGGAAGGUAGUAUGUGCCUGCAAGUCUUGCUGUGCCCC